AGGUGUGAUGUGUCGUCACCUCAGCUGAACAAACCGAAAGCGAAAGACUGAUCAAACUCCAACUAAAGUCUUCAGGAACUGAAAUUUUAAUAGAGACAUAAGAAGACUGGCUCUAAAAUGAGUCUCUGUGAUGAGAGAGAGGAGGAGGAUGUUGAUCACUAUCAGAACCAGAGAGGAGCACCUCCAGAGCCCAGCUGUGUGAGUGAUGCAUCCAUGGGACAACCCAUUUAUUUCAGUAAAGGAACAGGGACCUUCACCAUCAGUGUCAAUGGAAGAAAGAGAAAAAGAACAGCAUGUCCAGAGCCCAUAUAUCAGCCUCCUGAUCUAAGUGAUGGACCAAUGACCUUUAAACCCAGAAAAAAGAGAAAAAGAGCAGCAUCUUCAGAGCCCAGCUGUGUGUCUUUGGAGAGUGCCAGGUCAAUAAAUCAGCCUCCAAAUCUACGUGAAGGAUCAGUGACCUUUAAACCCAGAGGUGAUCAGACUGGAGACCUGCAGAAGGAAUCUCACCAAUCAGUACAUGAUAAACUACAGAGAGUCAAAAACCAACUCAAAACCAGCAUGAAGAACAAGUAUGAGAGAUUAUGUGAGGGAGUCAAACUACAAGAGAAUCAAACCUUCCUGAACAUGAUCUACACACAGCUCUACAUUAUAGAGGGAGAGAGUGAAGGAGUGAAUGAAGAACAUGAGAUUUUACAGAUGGACAAAAAAGCCAGACCACAACCAUGCUCACAAGACACUCCAAUCUACUGCAAUGACAUCUUUAAACCAUCACCUGAACCAGGAUGUAAGGAGAAAGACCAAAUCAAGAUUGUUCUAACUAAAGGCAUCGCUGGAAUUGGAAAAACCGUCUCUGUGCAGAAGUUCAUUCUGGACUGGGCUGAGGGAAAAGCCAAUCAGGAUGUGGAUUUCGUUUUUGUGCUACCAUUUCGAGAGUUGAACUUGAUCCGAGAUCAUCAGUACAGUCUUCACAGACUUCUGCUGGACUUUCAUCCUGAACUUCAAGAUCUGGACUCCAAGAUUUAUGAGGAGUGUAAAGUUGUGUUCAUCUUUGAUGGUCUGGAUGAAAGCAGAAUCACACUGAUGUUUUCAGACAGUGAGAAAGUUUCUGAUGUGUCUGAGACUUCAUCGUUGGGUGUGUUGAUGUCAAACCUGAUGAAAGGAAAGUUGCUUCCCUCUGCUCUCAUCUGGAUCACCUCCAGACCAGCAGCAGCCAGUCAGAUCCCCUCCAAAUACAUCAACCGUCUGACUGAAAUUCAGGGAUUCAAUGAGCCUCAGAAGGAGGAAUAUUUCAGGAAGAGAAUCAGUGACCAGCAUCAAGCCAGCAGAAUCAUCUCACACAUCAAAAGAGCAAGAAGCCUCCACAUUAUGUGCCACAUCCCUGUAUUCUGCUGGAUCUCAUCCACUGUGCUUCAGAAGCUCCUGAAAGAAGAUCUGAGUGCAGAAAUCCCUCAAACUCUGACUGAAAUGUACAUCCACUUCCUACUCACUCAGAUAAACAUGAGGAAUCAGAAGUAUGAAGAGAGAGAUCCAGGGCAACUAGUGCAGUCCAACAGAGAAAUUAUUGUGAAACUUGCUGAACUGGCUUUCAAACAGCUGAUGAAGGGCAAUGUGAUGUUCUAUGAGGAGGACCUGAGAGAGAGCGGCAUAGAUGUCACUGAUGCCUCUGUGUAUUCUGGGAUUUGCACUGAGAUCUUUAAAGAGGAAUCUGUGUUUCAUCAGAGGAAAGUCUACUGUUUCAUACAUCUGAGCUUUCAGGAGUUUCUGGCUGCAUUCUAUGUGUUUUACUCCCAUCUGUUGAACAACAUGGAGCCACUGAAGUUGUUUCUGAAUGAUAAACAUAAGACACACACAUCUGAAAAAAGGCCUUUGUGUGAGCUGCUAAUGUCAGCAGUUAAAAUAACUCUUCAGAGUAAAAAUGGACACCUGGAUCUUUUUCUGCGGUUCCUGCUGGGGGUCUCACUGGGGUCCAAUCAGAGAGUCUUACAGGCCCUUUUGACAUGCACAGAGAAUAGCUCAAAAACAAUCAGAAAAAUUAAAAUUAAAAUUAAACACAAAAUCAAGGGAAAUAAUCGUCUCUCAGCUGAACAAUCUAUCAGUCUGUUCCUUUGUCUGCUGGAAGUUAAAGAUCAGAGUCUUUACAGAGAGAUUCAGCAUUUUGUGAAAUCAGACAAACACUCGGAGAAGAAACUCACUCCUAAUCACUGUUCAGCAAUCGCCUACAUGCUUCAGAUGUCAGAGGAGGUGCUGGAUGAGUUUGACCUCAUCAAAUAUAAUACAUCAUCUGAGGGAAGACGGAGACUGUUACCAGCUGUGAGAAACUACAGAAAAGCUCUACUUGCUGGAUGUGGUCUCUCUGAUCAACACUGUGAAAGUUUGUCUUCAGCUCUACAAUCAUCAGACUCCCAUCUGAGAGAGCUGGACCUGAGUAACAACGAUAUGCAGGAUUCAAAAGUGAAGCUGCUCUCUGUUGCACUGAAGAGUUCACACUGUCAAGUGAACAUACUGAGAUUGGUCAGCUGUAAUCUCACUGAUCAGUGCUGUAAAAGUUUGUCUUCAGCUCUAAAAUCAUCAAAAGCCCACUUGAGAGAGCUGGACCUGAGUAACAAUGACCUGCUGGAUUCAGGAGUGAAACUGCUUUCUGCUGGACUGACAAGUUUAAACUGUCAGCUGAACAUACUGAGAUUGUCUGGCUGUAUGGUGACAGAGAAAGGCUGUUGUUAUGUGUCUUCAGCUCUGAGAUCAAACCCCUCACACCUGAGAGAGCUGGAUCUGAGAUACAAUCACCCAGGAGAUUCAGGGGUCAAGCUGCUCUCUAAAAAACUGGAAGAUCCACACUGCUCACUGGACAAACUCAAUGUGGAUCAUGGAGGAGAGUGCAGGAUUACAGCAGGUCUACGUAAAUGUAAGUCUGCAAAAUGGACACCUUUAUUGACUGGAGUUGUGUUGUGUUCUAAAUGUUCUCUCUUGUGUUCAGAUGCCUGUUUUCUCACACUGGAUCCAAACACAGCAAACACUUGUCUCACUCUCUCUGAGGGGAACAGAAAGGUGACGCGUGUGGAUGAGGAACAGUCAUUUCUUGAUCAUCCAGAAAGAUUUGAUGUAUGUCAUCAGGUUCUUUCUAGAGAGAGUCUGUCUGGACGCUGUUACUGGGAGGCUGAAUGGAGGGGAUAUUCUGUUAUGUCUGUGACAUAUAAAGGAAUCAGCAGGAAAGGAAAGAGUCAUGACUGUUGGUUUGGACGAAAUAAAAACUCCUGGAGUCUGAUCUGCUCUGAUAAUGGAUUCAUUGCCCGUCACAAUAAUAAUUCUACUGACAUACAUGUCCCCUUACGUUCCUCUCGGAUAGUAGGUGUAUAUUUGGACUGGUUGGCUGGCAGUUUGUCCUUCUACAGCGUCUCUAACACACACACACUCACACAUUUACACACAUUCACUUCCACAUUCACUGAAUCUCUGUAUGCUGGAUUUGGAGUUUAUGGUUUCUCAGUGUGUUUGCGUAAGAUUGAAAAGCCUGUGACCAACAAACGAUGCGUCACAUACACAUGUAAAUGAAAAAUUCUUAUGUGUCUGCGGGAUGUGCUAGAACAAACCUCAUUGGUUCUCAUGUGUCACGCACAGACACAAACACUUCUGUGUUUUAAUCAAUAUUUAUUAUGGCUAAAUUAAGUUUCUCCAUUCUAACGUGAACAUGUCACUUCAGAAGACUUGGAUUAAAAUGCUUGCUUCAUAUGGAUACAUUUUUUUGGACCUUUUUGGAUCUUGAAUGUUUUGUUUAUCUGAACUGUCAGUAAAGGGACAGAAAUCUCAGGUUUCAUUAAAAAUAUCCCAGUUUGCUUUUCAUAAUAAACAAAAGUUCUUUGGAACAACAUGAGGAAUAGUAAAUAACAGAAUUGUCAUUUUUUGUUGAAAAAUACUUUAAAGAAUUUAUAAGA